CCGUGCAGGGCGGCUCUGCUCCCUCCUGGUGCGGCUCUGGGGCUCCCUGUCCCCACAGGGCUCUCUGCCUGGGACUGAGCCCCAUCCUGGGAUGCCCCCACCUUCACUCUGGUGGGGCAGCUGCCCUGCUGGGCACACUUCACACGGUGCCAACAGCCCUGGCACACUGGGUCACCAGGGGUCACGCUGGGUCAAUAGGGGUCACGCUGGGUCAGAGGGUCACACUAGGUCACAGAGAGAGACGCUAGGUCACUGGGGGUCACACUGGUUCACAAAGGGUCACUCUAGGUCAGAGGGUCACAGAGGGUCACGCUGGGUUACAGAGGGUUAGAGGGUCACACUGGGUCACGGGGUCACAGAGGGUCAACCAGCCACCCAGGCCACAUCUGGCUGUACCAGGGCUCACUGGGCCACACCUGGCUGCUGCGCACAGCGUGCGGGGAUGCUGGGGGCCGAGUCACGAUGGGGUGCUGGCAGCCGUGCCUCCCCUUGAAGCCUCCCGGGUGGCGGGACGGCCUGUGCCCAGCUGCUGCCUGAUGGCCGGGUGGACGGCUGUGCGUCCUGACCAGAGUCUGCUCGCCACCGCGGAGCUGCUCUCGGGAGCAUGGGGCUUCUCCCCAGGGCUCCCCUCCCUGCUGAGGCCUCCCGGAACCCCGCGUCCGGCCUGCAGCACGCACCUCCAGCCUCUGUGGGCUCUGCGCCCAUGUCUGCGCCUGCGGGUGUCUGGCAGCAGCCCCACCGGCAACGCCUUGGCGGGCCCUGCCUUCACGGUGGGCCUGGGCGUGAGCCUGGCCCGGGGCACACCGGAGGCCAGGCCUGAGGCUUGCUGGAGACCUUCGCCAAGGCCUGGCCCCAAGUGCCGGGUGCUGAGCAGAACAACCGAGGAGGGAAGUCAGGGGCUGGUGGGAACCCCGUCCCGAGGGCACUGACUGCGGGAGGGGUGGGCUGUCCGCUUGGGACACUGCUGGAGUCCAGCGGAGGGAUUUGCCAGCCCUCCUCGCCUGACCCGGCUGUGGGAAUGGUUCCUCCCCGGCCCCACCGUUGUCCGGAUGACCUGCUGUGUAGGGGACUGAGGGCAGGCUGGGCCCAGGAGGCCACGCCCCACCGAGGGCGCUGUGGGCGGUGCCUGGGGCGGCGGGCUCCCCGGGGGCCCCGAGUGUGGACCUGGGUCUCUCAUGGCAGGUGAGAGGCCGCGUCUGGGUCAGGCUGGUGCUGGCCGGUCGCGUUUUGCUGGCUCGGCUCCAGGCUCCAUGGGGAUCGGCUCCCGGCCGUCGCUCCUCGGUGCUGGAGGCCACUCAGGGUGGAGGGAGGUGAGGUGGGGCUGCUCUUCCAAAUGGCCCUGGGAUGUGAGCCUGCAUGGGUGACGCCAUGGGGGGAGAGCACGGCCUGAGGUGUAGAUGAUGUCACAGGGCAACACUCGGGGUGGCAUGGGCUGGCGUCGCUGGAUGACAUCGUGGAGGUGACAUGGGGACAACAUCACGGGGUGACAUCACAGGGUGACGUCGCGGGUGACAUCACAGGGUGCCGUCGCAGGCACGUCACCUGGGUCCUGCGGCCUGGGCUUGUGCACGCGUUUGCAGACCGCUGGGCCCAGGCCAGGGCUCCGCGUGCGGCCUCCGAGUGCUGCCUCACCGCCCCGUCUGUCCCCACAGCCGAGGCCCAGCCCUGUAGGCCUCACUCGGGAAGCUGAAGGCCAGGCCACCCCCAGGGAGGACGGCGCUGGAGCCCGGGGCCUGCGGGAUGGAGCUCACCACCCUUCCGAGAGCUGGUUCCAGGCAGGAGGACGUGGGGGUGCUGCACAGGGUGGUGGCCAGUCUGCCCCCAGGCCUCCACCUCCGGCGCGGCGGCAGCUUCCCCUGCGAGAACGGGAGGCAGAUGCAGCUCCCCAGGGAGUUGGAGAAGGACAACCUGAGAAGGUGGGUUUCUGAGAACAUCAGGAAGAAGGUGUGCGUGUGCUUCAUGGAGAGCACCAACAAGUCCGAUGCGGGGGAGGUGGUGUGUGCCUGCGGCUACACACGCGAGCAGCACCUGGAGGAGGCCACCCGGCCCCAGGCCGCCCAGGACAAAAAGUGGGACCGGAGGUCGCAUGUCCGGGAGAUGCCCACGGAUGCCUUUGGGGACAUCGUCUUCAAGGGUCUGGGCCACAAGUCGGCAAAGAAGUACAUCCGCGCCGCCUGGGACACGCCGCCCCGCCUGCUCUACGAGCUCAUGACCCAGCGCUGGGGCCUGAAGGAGCCCAACCUCCUCAUCUCGGUGGCCGGCGGGGCCAAGAACUUCCACAUGAAGCCCAGACUGAAGAGUGUCUUCCAAAGAGGCCUGGUCAAGGUGGCCCAGACCACAGGGGCCUGGAUCAUCACCGGGGGGUCCCACGUGGGCGUGAUGAAGCAGGUGGGGGAGGCCGUGCGUGCCUCCAGCAUGAGCUGCAGCGAGGGAGACGUGGUCACCAUCGGCGUGGCCACCUGGGGCUCCAUCCACGGCCGGGAGAGCCUGGUCCACCCCGAGGGCAGCUUCCCCGCAGAGUACACGGUGGACGAGGAGGGCCAGGGCGACCUGACCUGCCUGGACAGCAACCACUCCCACUUCAUCCUGGUGGACGACGGGACCCACGGCCAGUACUGGGCGGAGAUUGAGCUGCGGACGAGUCUGGAGAAGUUCAUCUCGGAGUGGACCAACAAGAGAGGCGUGGUGGACAUCAAGAUCCCCAUCGUGUGUGUGGUGCUGGAGGGGGGCACCGGCACCCUAAAAACCAUCUACGACGCCAUCACCAGGGGCACCCCCUGCGUGGUCAUGGAGGGCUCGGGCCGCGUGGCCGACGUCAUUGCCCAGGUGGCCGGCCUGCCUGUCUCGGGCAUCACCAUCGGCCUGGUCCAGCAGAAGCUGGGCGCGCUCCUCCCGGAGGUGUUCGCGAAAGUCACCGAGCCCGAGCUUAUGGAGUGGACCAAGAAGAUCCAGGACAUCGUGAGGAGGCGGCAGCUGCUGACCAUCUUCCGGGAGGGCAGGGACGGCCAGCAGGACGUGGACGUGGCCAUCCUGCAGGCCUUGCUGAAAGUUUCCCGCAGCCACGACCGCCCUGGCCAUGAGAACUGGCUGCACCAGCUCCAGCUGGCGGUGGCCUGGAACCGCGUGGACAUCGCCCGCAGCGAGAUCUUCACGGACGAGUGGCAGCGGAAGCCCUCAGAGCUGCACCCCGUCAUGAUGGCCGCCCUCAUCGCCAACAAGCCUGAGUUCGUGCAGCUCUUCCUGGAGAACGGGGUGCAGCUGACGGAGCUCGUCACCCGGGACAAGCUGCUCACCCUGUACCGGAAGCUGGACCCCGCCUGCCUCUUCCACCGCAAGCUGGAGAGGGUGCAGCAUGACCCCGAAUCCCUGGACCACGUGUCGCGGGUGCUGCAGGAGCUGCUGGGGGACUCCGUGCCGCCGCUGUACGGGCCCAGAGACCAUACGGAGCCCAAGGGCCCGUGCCCGUGCUGCCCCCAGAAGGGCGCCCCCAGCCAGGACGCCUUCACCGCAGACCCGGUCCGGGACCUUCUCCUUUGGGCCGUUGUCCAGAACCGCCGGGAGCUGGCGGAGAUCGUCUGGGGUCAGAGCCGGGACUGCAUCGCCGCGGCCUUGGCCUGCACCAAGAUCCUGAAGGCGCUGGCCAAGGAGGAGCACCCGGACUCACAGGAGAUGCAGGCGCUGGCCGGCGAGUACGAGGACAAGGCCAUCGGGGUGUUCACUGAGUGCCACCGGAAGGACGAGGACAGGGCGUGGAAGCUGCUCACCCGCCCGUCGGAGGCCUGGGGCAAGACCACCUGCCGGCAGCUGGCCCUGGAGGCCGAUGACAAGAAGUUCGCAUCUCAUGUGGGCGUCCAGGCCUUCCUGACCAGCGUGUGGCAGGGCCAGCUCUCUGUGGACAACGGGCUGUGGGAGCCGAGGUCGAGGCCUGCGCGUGGCCUGCGGCGCCUGUGCGCCUUCUUGGCGGCGCCGGUGGGGGUCUUCUGCCUGAACGUGCUGUCCUACUGCGCCUUCCUCGGCCUCUUCGCCUACGUGCUGAUGGCGGACUUCCAGCGCCUGCCCUCGUGCUGCGAGAUCAUCGUCUACGUGUGGAUCGUCUCGCUGGCGUGCGAGGAGCUGCGGCAGCUCCUCUGCAACCCCCACUGGAGCGGGCCGGCGAGGAUGGCGCGCCGGUACUUCAGCGACUCCUGGAACCAGCUGGACGUCGCUGCCAUUGUGCUGUUCAUGGCGGGGCUGGUCUGCAGGCUCACCCCGGGGAGGCUGUACCCCGGCCGCGUCAUCCUCUCCCUGGACUUCAUCAUGUUUUGCCUCCGGUUCAUGCACAUUUUUACCGUCAGCAAGACUCUCGGGCCCAAGAUCAUCAUGUUGAAGCAGAUGACGAAGGACGUCUUCUUCUUCCUCUUACUGCUGGCUGUGUGGGUCGUGUCCUUCGGGGUGGCCAACCAGGCCAUCCUCAUCCACAACGAGCGUCGGGUGGACUGGAUCUUCCGGGGGGCCAUCUACCAGUCCUACCUCGCCAUCUUUGGGCAGAUCCCCGACUACAUCGACGGAGUGAACUUCAGCCUGGACCACUGCAGCCCCAACGGCACGGACCCCUACAAGCCCAAGUGCCCCGAGAGCGAUGCUGCCCGGCAGGAGCCCGCGUUCCCCGAGUGGCUGACGGUCACCCUGCUCUGCGUCUACCUGCUCUUCACCAACAUCCUGCUGCUCAACCUCCUCAUCGCCAUGUUCAACUACACCUUCCAGCAGGUGCAGGACAACACGGACCAGUUCUGGAAGUUCCAGCGCCACAGCCUGAUAGAGGAGUACCGCAGGAGGCCCCUCUUGCCUCCGCCCCUCAUCCUGCUCAGCCACCUGUGCCUCGUUGGCCAGUGGAUUGUCCAGAGGACCCCUUGCAGGGGGUACCAGCCGCUCAAUACCGCGCUGGAGAAGGACGAGGAGGCCGUGAAGGCCGAGGAAGCCAAGAAGGCCGAGGAGGACGAGGAGGCCGAGCUUCUGGAUUGGGAGGCGUGCGAGAAGGACCACUACCUGCAGCAGCAGCAGCAGCAGGGGUCGGAGCAAAAGAUCCAAGACAUGAGCCAUAAGGUGGACGCCGUGGUGGACCUGCUGGAGAUGGACUGUCUAAAGCAGUUGGGCUCCCUGGAGCAGAGACUGGCCUCCUUGGAGGAGCAGGUGGCCAGAGUGCUGCACUGCGUGGCCAGUACCCGGAGGGAAGCCAGCUUGAGCAGGGAGCGCGCCCCCCACCUAGCACCCCAGGAAGCUGAGGAAGAGAAGGACCCUGAGCUGGAAGGCAGGCUGACGGCGGGGGACCCGGAUGACACCCACCACGUGUACGCCCGGGACCUCCGCUACCCCAGCUCGCGCAUCGAGCGCUUCCCCGUGCCCAACGAGAAGGUGCCUUGGGAGACAGAGUUCCCCAUCUACAACCCGCGUGACUACUCGGGCGAGAGGGAGGACGCGGUGGACCCCUCGGGAAGGAACCCCAAGGGCCGCACGGGGCUGCAAGGACGCGGAAGCCUGCGCUGCUUUGGACCCAACCACACGCUGCAGCCCGUGAUCACCCGCUGGCAGCGGAGCCAGGACGGUGCCAUCUGCAGGAAGAACGGCAGGAUGGUGCUGGAGGUGCUGGUGAUGCCGCGCGUGGACUGGGAGCUCUGUGCCCUGCCCGGGGGCUCCCGGGAGCCAGGGGAGACGCUGCCCCGGAAGCUGAAGCAGGUCCUCCCGAGUGAGUUCUGGACGACCUUCGAGACCCUGCUGGCGCAGGGCACCAAGGUGUACGAAGGGUACGUGGAUGACCCUCGGAACACGGACAACGCCUGGCUGGAGACGGUGGCCGUGAGCAUCCACUUCCCAGACGAGAGCGACGCGACCCUGCGAGCGCUGAGUGCUCACCUGCAGCGCGAGGACGCAGCGACAUCCCUCAAGUGGCAGGUGGUGGACGGGCGCUUCCCGCUGUACGCCGGCCACAGUGCCCUCCUGCAGAAGGCCGCCGCCCUGCUCCAGGCUCACUACUGACGGGACGGCCAGAGCGGGGGCCUUGAACAGCUACACACCCAGUGGCCUGGGCCUGGCCCCUUGGCGUGGUUUGGGACCAGACACCCCUCAGCCAGCUCAGGGCCUGCGGGAUUUGCCUGGGGGGUGGGCGGGUACUGGCUUGGUCUUGGGCACGCUUCAGGGCAGGGAUGGACACUGGCCCCACCAGUCUUCACUGCCUUCCAGGCUGGUGGAGGCCAGUCAAGGGGCUGGGUCAUUGGCCUGGUGUCCACACCCCCAGUCCAUGCCACUGUGACCAGCACGUGCAGCUCAGGGAUGUGCUUCCUGGAGAAUUGGGUCCCCAUGCCUCCUCUUGGGCCCAGCCCCUCCAGAGUGCCCCCACAGACUGUGCCUGGCUGGGGGCAUCGUGGGGUGCUGAAUCUCCACCCCUCAGUGGGCAGGAGGCCAGUGCUGCAUCCCCAAGAUGUGGGGUCCCUGCCUGUGCUUGUCCCAGGGGCCCCUGCCUGUGAGCCCUGGGCAGAGCGGGUGGUGGGCGUGGACCUUGGGGGCACCUGGUCUAGUGUCAGACUCACAAGCGGUCAGCAUCAGGAGCCCUGAGGACCGCCAGUCCCUGACUUUCAGCCCACUCCCCACAGCCCGGUGCUCCCGAGCGGUUACCAGCAUGCGGGGUUGGGGGCUGUGUCCGAGCACCUGCCCUCUCCAGGCCCCACCAAGCUGCCCAUGGCCCCAGCGUCCCUGUGGGUGGCGUCCCCCGCGCUUGCCUGCAGGCCCUCAGGUCCAAACCCAUGGUCUCCCCCUGACACCCGCCCCCGCUCCUUUGCUUUCUGGGCCCCUGAGGACUCGCCCUACCCACGGCUGCUGGGCCGCCGGGCCUGGGCAGUCCUUCUAGGGUCCCGGACACAGCCUGACGAACACUCGGGCAGUGCCAAAUAAAGGCCCCUCAGAGUGGGCAGGACACAGCGGCGUGUCACUGGCCGUCCUUCCCAGGAGAGC